GGGCAGCCGCGGUGGGCCGGCCGGGCAUAGGGACCGGGAGCGGGAGCGGGCUGGCGGGAGGCGAAGUGGGCGCUGGCGCUGAAGGGUGCGGGCCGCCUCCCCGACGCCUUCCCGCGGGGAGCCGGGUCUGGAGGGGGAGCGCCCCGGCCUCUCCCGCGCCUGCCUGGCAGGGGUCGGCGAGCGGAGGAGCCGCUUCCCACGACCGAGCCCCGCUGGCUUGCGGCGGUCCCGGCCUGACGUCACCCGAGGGCCUGGCGGCAACGAGCGCCCGGGGCCCCCGCGCAUGAAGCCCAGCUCCGGUACGGCGGGGCGGCCGAUUCUGCCCCCUCGCUCCCGCUCGCCGCCCUGCGGGAUGGCUCGAGGGGCAGCACCGAGCCCUUCGACUGGCGGGCUCUCCGUGGUCCUGAUGCCUGCCCAGGAAGCGGGGCCGGCGGCCUCCCGAGGCCGCGGAUUGCGGGCAGCCCCUCUGUAGAAGGCCGGCCUUGUUCCGGGUCUGCAGAAGCUCUUGGCAGCGGGAGCUCCGGGGCAGCGGCCGACGGGGCCGCUCUCCGCGAAGCAAGGGCAGUGGGGCGGCCGGGGAAUCGCCUUGCCUCGCCACAGGCGGGCUGGGCCGGAUUUUCCAGCCAUCUCGCCCCCGCCCCGCCCCCCCUCCCUUUACACUCUGUGUCUUGGGGAACCUCAGGCCCAGAGAGCCUCCUUAGCCUUGGGCAUAAAACAAGCAUUAUUCAGCCUCGGUUAAGAAUGAUCCAAGCCUUCAGGACUGUGAAGAAAAGCUUCGGUGGGCAGGAAGAACCUGGAAUAGCCAGCAGGAUAUCCGCGGAGCUCGGUCGGAGAUUCCUGCUGCUGCUGCUUCCGGCCAAGAGGGAGAUCCCUGUCCAGGGAAGGCUGGUAUUUGUUUCAGCUCUUCCCACCCGUCGGGCUUUGACUGUUCCCAAACGUUUGCGCCAUGGAGCUGGGAUUUGGAAAGUAAUGCAACAGGACGCUUUUGAGGAGAGCAAAUCCACGUGGCAGGAAUCGCUGGAAAAUGCUGGUGCCCGCAUGCCGUUCCGCUGCCCCCGGUGUGGGGACCAUGUCCGGUUCAGGAGCCUCUCCUCCCUGAGAGCGCACCUGGAGUACAGCCACCCUUUCAAGGACGGGAGCCUUCAGUCCAAAGGCGGCCUCUUUUCUCCCCUCAAGGUGGGCCGGGGCUCCCCUCCCCAGCUCCAGCUCCAGCCCCAGCCCCAGCCCCAGGCCCAGGGCACAUUCGGGGGCAGCGGCAGCAUCCUGAGCCCCAGGUUCUCCUGCCUGGACUUCUGCCCACUGGAAGACCUGCAGCCUGGGAGGCCCCUGGCAGGGGAGGCCGAAUGGCCAGCCGGCCUCAGACCCAGACACGCCUCAGGCGAGCCUGCCUGGGACCCCACGUGGAAGGCCGUGGGCUCUGGCGCCUCCUUCGAGGCCCACCUGCGGGAAAAGUUCAACUGCAUGGUGGAGGCCGUGGACAAGACCAUCGAGAGGAGGAUCGAGAACCUCUCCCGGGAGCUGUCCCGAAAGACGGCUGAGCUCUUGGAGGUCCGGGCGGCCUUUGUGCAGCUCUCCCAGAAGAAGCAGGAGGUGCAGCGGCGCGAGCGGGCCCUGAACCGGCAGGUGGACGUGGCCGUGGAGAUGAUCGCAGGGCUGCAGAGGCGGCUGACUGAGUCAGAGGAGGAGCUGCACCGAAAGGAGGAAGAAGUUAUUACGUUUAAUCACUUCCUGGAGGAAGCGGCUGAGAAGGAGGUCCGUGGGAAAGCCAGGCUGGAGCGCUUCAUCGAGAGCCUGCUGCAGCGAGUGGAUCAGGCGGAGAAGCAGCUGGAAAAGUACCAGAAUCAGCAGACUCCGGGCAGCUCCGGGGACAUCUGCGAACAUCUGUUUACAGAUCUGUCGUCUGUUAGGAAGCCCCGAUGCCUCUGGGGACACCCACACAGUUCUUGUAGUCCCCCUGGUCCCAAGCCGCCUUCGCUGCAGAGAGGGCGGGUGUUCCUGAAGAAAGCCAAGGAGGACAGAAUCGGUGCUCACCCAGCUAAAUGGUCUUAUGAGCCUCUGGAAGGUUCCAGGGACCUUUGGAGACCCCCGAAGAAAGCAGACGCGGCCGGCAACAUGGUCCGAAAGGUUAACAUGAAACCAAAAAUUGGCAAGAAGAACAAACCGCUUUACUAAGGCGCCCACUUGUAUCUAUGGUAUGCGCACGUGUGUGUAUGGUUAGAUAGAUCGAUGGAUCUGUGUCCUAACUUAAUUUGCUUUUGAUGAAAAUCAGAAGCUCUUGGCUAGAGAUCCCCAGAGGGAUCCUCUGUGGGUUUUCUGAGAACGGGUCCCCCGAGUCUGGCUGAGAUGGGCGUGAAAGGGUACAGUCAUCUACCUAUUUAUGGGGGAAUAAUCUCACUGAAUUUAGAGGGACUGACUUCCCAGAAGCUGCAUGUAGCAAAACUUUAUCAUUAUCUAUUUCCCUAUUUAUUUGGGCAAGGACUUGAUAUAUUUAAGAGAUAAUUGAAUUUAAUAGACAUUACAUACAGUAUGUAAAUAUAGAAGGCUAAUUUAACUGCCUCGUUACCAAGCAGCUUUGAGUGCAAGGUGGUGUUUUAUUUAUUUUCAAGAGCUUAUUUCAGUUGAGGCCAGCAUUUCGAUCCAUUACUAAACUCGUUCAUGUUGUCACCAGAGGAUCACAGAGAGAUAAUUUGGCAAGUGACUUCGACAUAAAUCCUUCUCCUCUGUCAGUCUGGAGGAAUCCAUUGUGCCUGGCACCCUGAAAAUUAACUUUCUGUGGUGUAGGGGGAGAUUGGGCAGGGGUAGGUUCAGAACUGGUACCUCCCCCACCCCGCCCUGUUACCUCCCUUCUUGGGGCGGCUGGUCCCAAAGGCCAGGUUCGGCCCAGCUGUGCUCAGCCGCUGGUCUCCUUUGAUUUCAGGACACGGGUCCCAUGAGAGCAGCAGCCUGGAGGUAGCUGAGUGAGGACCCCGCCGGCCCCUUUCCCACUGCUGCCCAGCUCCCCCUUUCCCUCCCAAAUGGGGCAGGUGGUCAGAGGAUCUGUCUGUCAGCCUCAGAGGGCUCUGCGGCCUGGUGGCCCCCUCAGUCAGGCCUGGUGCCUGGGCCCUGCUGGGGGACGGGCCUAGUGUACCCCUUUCAGGUACAGAGAAGCUGGCGGGGGGUUCUUGAUGAUGCCCUUCCAUGAUGGUGGAGGUGGGAAGGGAGGUGUGGGUGACCCUCUGCCGUCGGAUGCAGUAGUACGUGGUGCAGAUCACUGUGUCACGCAUGGUCUCUUUCCUUUGGAGUCAGGCAGUCACCUGGGGGCAGGAUGGAUGAAUGACAGGUACGACCUGAGUCUCUGUCCCAAGGAACACGGUUCUCACAGUAUUUCCCCUGGAUUUCUCUACUCAUGAGCUUUCCCGGUUAUACAGCUUCACAUAGCUCUCCUCUGCACUUUGAGGCCCUCGCUGGGCUGAUCUGACCCUCCAAAUCCAAAUUUUGCUAGUCCAAAUCUGAGCUUGGUGUAAAACUCACUCUUUACUAAUGGUACCAUGUAUAACGUUUUUAUUAGGGUCUCGGUCCUUUAUUAUCAAAUGGCCCAAGAGAUUGACUGGAAGCCACACUAAUUCACACAUAAAGCAAAGUAGAUUCAGUCUGAACUCUGACAUUGCAUGUAAGCUGUUUUACUCCCUCAAGGAAGCUCAAGAACAGAGAUAAAAAUCAUUGCGGUCACAUCAAGGCAACCUUGAGAAGGCCUCCAGAUUAGAAGAGGUUCUGCUUCCCCCCCCCCCCCCAUCAUGCUGGACUAAUUGCAUCAGGGUGGUGCACCUGGGGUGGUCCUUAAGAAGGGAGGGGGCCACGAGGCCCACCAGCCCAAACAGCGAAUCCCUUGUCCAUUAGUGUGGAGGAGACCCAGUGCUUCACACUGUGUGUUGCGUGUUGUUGAGAUGCUCCCCUGUCAGAGGAAGAUGUAGGACAGCCGAUGUAGGAGAUUUUGCUGUGCUUGGGAUUGCAGCAUCUACCAAUAGCCUUGUCGAUCCUUAUUGUUUAUUUUAUUUUUAAUCACUGAACAACUGGAACUACUGACAUAAUGCUGGAUAGCAAGUUUUGGGAAAGCUGAAUACUUAUAUGUCAUUUGGGGAUCUUAAGUUGGUCCUAAUAAAGGUAUUCCCUGAAUAUGGAUU